AUGUAUUUAUCAACGGCGAAACUUGAUGCGGAGGCCAUAUCUUUUCUCAGUACACCGAUACCUCAAUCAAUAUCUCUCCAACCGAAUGUAUAUAUCACAGGCGACUCUAAGAUUCAACGUUGGUCAUCAUUGAUUGGAAUCAUCACUGCAAUAGUAGGAAAUAUCGUCAUAUCCUUCGCCUUGAACAUACAACGAUACGCGCAUAUAAGAUUACAUGAGGAUGAGGUACGACGUAAAGAACGGCUAAGGGGUAUUUCCAAGUCUGCGGGUAGAUAUGGGACACUAGGGGCGAAUGGGAAUCGAAUCGUUGAAGAGGAAUAUGAAGGCAAUGAAGAGGAACCCUUACGAAGAUCAUUUCACUCUCAAGACUCUCAGUCUUCGACCUGCACAGAGGGUGAUGAUGGGGAUCAACGAUCUACAUAUCUACAAUCGCCAUACUGGUGGGGAGGGAUUGUUUUGAUGACGAUUGGGGAGCUUGGAAACUUUUUGGCAUAUGGUUUUGCCCCCGCAUCAAUCGUUUCUCCUUUGGGUGUCGUCGCUUUGGUAUCGAACUGUGUGAUAGCGCCGAUCAUGUUGAAGGAGCAGUUUCGACUGAGGGAUUUUUGGGGAGUGGUAGUUGCUGUUGCUGGUGCCGUUACGGUUGUAUUGAGUGCUAAGCAAGAGGAAAGGAAAUUUGGACCUCAUGAAAUUUGGGGAGCCAUCACCACCACAGAGUUUGAAGUAUAUAUGGGUGUCACAAUAAUACUAAUUGCAAUAUUGAUGUGGGCAAGCCCGAAAUAUGGCAAGAAAACAAUAUUGGUCGACCUUGGACUUGUGGGUUUAUUUGGAGGCUAUACAGCUCUUUCAACGAAGGGUGUAUCUUCAAUGCUCUCUUCUACUCUAUGGAGAGCUUUGACGACUCCAGUUACUUACGUUCUUCUGCUCGUGCUGGUUGCUACUGCGAUCAUGCAGAUUAGAUAUGUUAAUAGGGCUCUCCAACGUUUUGAUUCAACUCAAGUCAUCCCUGUGCAAUUCGUUAUCUUCACAUUAUCCGUCAUCACUGGCAGCGCAAUUCUGUAUCGCGAUUUUGAAAAAUUCACCAGCGAGAAUGCCGUAAAAUUUAUUGGUGGCUGUAUGUUGACAUUUUUCGGUGUUUGGCUCAUCACCAGUGGCCGGUCGUCGCUUAAUGAAGAUGAGGACAAUAGCGAGGUAGGGAUUGAAGGGGAGGAAGAGAGGAUCAGGCUGGCCACCCAGGAUGUCACUGGUGACGAAGUGUCAUAUCAUAAUGGAUCACAGAGACGGUCUAGUCUUCAAUCGAAGUCGAGGCCGGGUCUUAUUCAUGCUGGCGAUGGACUAGUCGAUGAGGAGGCAAUCCAGGAAUCACGGAGAUCCUCACAUGUCAGCUUUGCCAUAUCACCAUCCCGACCACAAACGCCGCAAAGACCUUCAUCGCGACGUCCAGCAGUGCGGCUGCAUACAUCUUGCCUAUCUGAUGAGCGACCUGGAAGUGAGGAUAGUCCUUUACUUUCCAACCCAUGGGUGGAUUCCAAUGAAAAUCUACUCCAUGCACCGAAGCACCCAGGGAUACAAACCAGUACUUCUUCUCCAUUACUCCCAUCCGAGGCCCAAUCACCUCCUUUAGCAAAACCCCCUACAACUAGAAAUAACACGCAAUCUCAUUUCCAUACUCCUCAAAGUCAGCAAAUAAGCCCCUCACCACCCCAAGCCGAACGACCCAUAACCCCAGCAAGUUAUUCCAUAGCUCGCAUGCUUCCCGGUCCAUUAUUAUCACCUCUAUCCGGCGGAUUAAGUGUAGUAAUAGCCGAUUCACUAAGACGCGGAGUCGACUCUCCUCGCAGCAAAUCAUACAGGAGACCACAACCCGACCUUCGAAAAUCAAAAUCAGUAUCUCAAAGGCUUAUACAAGCAAAUGACGGUUCUCUUAUCGAUGAGGAUAUCGAUGCACCUCUAAAAGAUGACGACACACAGCAAGAAGUAGAAGUAGAAGAGCGCGAACCAUUCAACCGUUCGAUAAAAACGAGAGCGAGAAGUUUAAGUAAUACACUGGGAGAGUUUUUGAGAGGGAAAUUAAGGGAUGAGAGGGAUCAUGAUGAUGAAGAGGCGGGUCCAAGUGGAUCAUAG